AUGAAUACAUUUGAACAUUUCAGGGUGUUGGCCUAUGACCCUGAAAAGGACGAGCUUUCAGUAUUGAUAGACCACUUGUAUUUCCCGAAUGGGAUACAAGUGAUUCGUGGCAAGGUACUCGUCGCAGAAAUGGGAAAAGCUCGAAUUUUGAAGUUUUCUCCUUCUGCUGGGAAUCCAAGCGUCUUUACUGACAACCUGCCAGGAUAUCCCGAUAACAUCCGGCAGGCGAGCGAUGGAACUAUUUGGGUUCCAAUUGCCGCCACCCGAUCAGAAAGUGACAAUUGGUUAGCAGCUAAACCAUCACUGCGGUCGCUUAUGACAAAGUUGUUGUCUCCUCAAGCGGUUCAUAUCGUCGCGGAAUGGAUGACGAAUAAAUAUGGUCUGGUUCUAAAGGUAAGCGAUACAAAUAAUACUCCUAAGGAUUUCUUAACAACUGAUUGA